AUGGAGGGCCUCAAGCUCAUCGCCCAGUCGACCUUCGACAGACACCAAAAGUUCCGGCCCAGCAGCACCAGCACCGGCGAAGGCCCAUACCGGUACAACGCCAUCGAGGUCGGCGCCUUUCCCCCGGCGUCCUCCACCUUGUCGUCAUCCUCACAAUCCAACGUCACCACGACGGCGGCGGCGGCAAGACGCCAGCCCAGCACCCAGAGCCUCACCGCCGGCGCCAUUGCUACUGCCGCAACCCUCAGCGCGGGCGGCAACGGGUCUGCCUCGUUCUCGUCCAAACAACAACAACAUCAACAACAACAAAAUGGCGGCAGUGGCGCGGGCGCGGUGAAGCGCGUCACCAUGAACGAGUGGAUGGUCUUUGAGGAUGACCUGCCUGCGUUCAUGAAGAAGCGCCCUGUCGACCUCGCCCAGCAGCAGGCGGCGGCGGCGGCGGCGGAGGAGAGGCCCAAGGGGGCUGCUUUGCAGAACGGUGGAGGUACUGACCCCGGCACUGGUGGUGGUUCGAGGAGUUUCAGCUUGCCCAGCAAGAUAAGACCGACAUCGUCGUCAUCGGCAGGAGCAGCCUAUAGCCACAGCCGCGGCCAACAAGACACAGAGGCCGUAGCGUCGCUGAAGCUGGUAUGCAUCCAGCGCAUCGAGCCUGACAACGACGACACGGACGACGACAACAACGACGACGACGACGACGACGGCAACGAUUACCGUUACGGCAAGAAUUCCGGCGCACCAGCAGGAUUCUCCCCAGACACCAACACCCUCGCCAUCUCGCGCGACACCUUCCUGCGGCUGUACGUGAACCUCAUGGACGCUGACCACUCUGCACUGUAUUACCUGGCGCGCGAGUACGACGGCUUCCACGAGUUCACCGACCACAGCAAGGGGAUCGUGACAAAAUUCAUCGGCACGUCGCAGUACGCGCUCAUCUGGACGUUCAACAAGCGCACCCUGGAGACGAGAGGCCUCUUCAUCGACAGGUGCCAGAAGUGGCAGGCCAAGGACAGCAGCCACUUCCCACCGCCAACUCUGGCCUCGCCUGCGGUUAUUACCACCAGCAGCGGCACGCACCGCGUUGUCUCUGCUGCUGCUGCUUCUGGUGGCGGUGGUGGUUUUGGUCCUCCAGGUAGUCCGCCCGUGACGCCUAUAAGUAAGCUGGCGCACGACGACACCAGCAGUCUUCACUCGACGCCGAGCAGGAAGUGGACGAAGAAUAGGACGGGCAGUGUCACGGCCAGCAAGGCGUGGCAGGGGUUUCGGGAGACGCUUAACAUAUACCGAGGGUUUCUGUUUGCGCCGCAGCUGCUGAGUUUUGUCACAUGCGUGCACCUGUUGCGCUUCUCUGACGAUAAGGUGAGCGAGGACGACCUACCGCUCAUCAAGGGAGUCGAGAAGAGCCUCAAGAACAGCAGCACCACCACCAGCAACGGUGUUGGUGGAAUCGCUACAGAAAAUCUUGUUCCAACAGCAGCAGCAGAAGGACGAGGACGAGGAGGAGGCGGAAUGUCUCCAGACCACCACCACAACCACCACCAUCACCAUCACAUGGCCAACGGUAUAAUGCCUACUCAAACCAGCAGUUUCUCCCUCGUCACCGACCCGAACCCCUUCGCACCCUCAACACCACCAGCCGAGUCAGAAAAGAUGACCCAUCACACCGCCAGCAACCCCCAGGCUCAGGCCGGCGGAGGACGCGGGCCCCACGGAAGAGUGGUAUCCCAGAUAGCAACCAUCAACAAGGUCCAGACCAGCCUGUCCAACAAACUACGACACCUGGCCAUGGCAAGAGGCAUCCUGGAGAUUGUGGCGCGCGAGCACGAGACGGUCAUCGUGGACGUGGUGGCGCCGCAGUUCCUGGACCGCUACCACUGGGCCAUGGAGAGCAUGACCGAGGCCAUCCCCGCCCUCGAGAGGCACAUGGCCUCCCUCGAGGACUACCUGCGCUACCUACAGGGCCGAUCCGAGAGGCUGACCGGGCUGGUACGUAGUCUCAUCACCCUGAUCUCCCUCUCCUCGGCUCCCACCCCAAGCUCUGCUCUUAAAACAAUUCCUGCUGCUGCUCCUUCUUCUUCUUCUCGAACUCAGUCUGAUGCGUUGAGCCUCAGGUGUCAUGAGGCUGACAGCCGGUCAGAUCUCGGCCGUCUCCUCAUCAGCGCCGCACGCUGCGGUGCCGAUGGGGCCCGGGGCGGCCGAGACGGCUACGAGGCAGCUGCUGCGGCUGUUGUUCUCGAAGCCGAUCACGACGACGAACCUCGUGGACUUGGAAGAGGAGGAGGAGGAGGAAAGAUACGAUAUAUAUCAAGAGAAGACCAGCGAGACGAGCAGCACCAACAGUCAGAACAGCAACAACAGCAACAGCAGCAGCAGCAGCAGCAACAACAACAACCAAAGCGCCGCCUUGAGCCGGCACCACUGCGUCGCGGGCGAAGUCUUGGUUUUUAUGCCAGCUAUAUUCUCCGCGGCAAUUACAGCCAUCGUCUCACUUAA